AACUCUCAUCCUCUGGUCAAGUUAAAGUAAAUAAGACAACAGUUGUUCUUGCGCAUCCGAUUGAGGAUUUUGGCGCAGGCGGGCAACUGCUAUCCUCGCAGUGGCGGUUUCGAAUAAUCUGAUCACAACAGAAUUAAAAUGGGGAACGAAGAAACUACGUGGAAACGCUGAACUAGACUUGACGUGGAGAGUGUGUAUGUGCACUGCAAUGAGCGUCAUGCGGCACCUUUCAGUUUCCCACCUCAUUCACCAGACAUGAUUCCGAAGACUCCGUUACGGCACCUGUUAUUCGCGUUAGGGUUUCUGCUUUGCACCACAAUCCCCUCCGUUCGCGGCGAAUCGUCAACGUGCUUGACGGUCUACAACAACGGCGGUGCUCCGGCAGUGUUCCAAUCCCCAAAAUGCCCCCGCUGGAAGCUCUCCGAUUACGAUUCCCCUCCCCAAACAACCGCGCGUUGCCAGACCUCCAUGCUCCAGGGUCGCAGAAGCUCACAAGAGGAUCGCGCUCUCUGCGUUCUCGAUCUUCACAUUCCCUUCCCUGGUGCGAACGGGAUCAAGGAUGUUGCGGUCGGGAUUAUGGCCGUUUUCGACGGUCAUAACGGCGCAGAAGCUAGUGAGAUGGCGUCGAAGCUCUUGGUGGAGUAUUUCGUUCUGCAUACUUAUUUUCUUCUCGAUGCCGCCUUUUCUGUUAUUUCAAAGACGUCGACGGAAUCAUUGCUUCACAAGAGUGGCCGUGAUCAUGUAAACCUGCUGCUUAGAUGGAAAGAGACUCUAGGUUGGGAAUGGCAUGAACUGCAUUUUGAAAGGUUUCAGAAUACAUUUUCUCCAAAUUUUGAUGAUUCUUUUCACUUGGAAAUUUUGAAGGAAGCAUUGUUGAGAGCAGUCCAUGACAUUGAUGCUAAAUUUUCUGAGGAAGCUUCUAGAAAUAAUCUUCGCUCUGGAUCUACAGCAACCAUAGUUUUGGUAGCAGAUGAUAAAAUUUUGGUUGCCAAUAUUGGAGACUCUAAGGCCAUCUUGUGCUCUGAAAAUUUUCAGUCUCCUAGAGAGGCUAAAGACUCAUUAUUAAAGAUAUAUAGGCAGAAAGAGCAUGAUGGUUCUGUUUCUGUGUGGGAUCGUGAAAAGUACAGAUUGGCUUCCUCCCAUGGUCUCACUCAUUUUGCAGUGAAGGAAUUGACCAGUGAUCAUCAUCCAGACAGAGAUGAUGAACGAAUUCGGGUGGAAACAGCUGGUGGUCAAGUUCAAAAUUGGGGUGGUGUCCCUCGCAUAAAUGGUCAGCUGGCUAUUACACGGGCUAUUGGUGAUGUACCAUUUAAAAGUUAUGGUGUUAUAUCUGCACCGGAAGUGACUGAUUGGCAGCCUCUGACUGCUAAUGAUAGCUAUUUGGUGGUUGCAUCUGAUGGUGUAUUUGAGAAGAUGAGCGUGCAGGAUGUCUGUGAUUUGUUGUGGGAAGUACACCGUUUCAGUAACAUGAGAUCAGAGUGUACCCCUUCAUCUUCCUAUUCAUUGGCAGAUUUAAUUGUUAAUACUGCCUUCAAAAAGGGCAGUAUGGACAACGUGGCAGCAGUUGUCAUUCCUCUGGAGUCUGCCAAAUCUUCUACAAACACGCUCAGGAGAAGCUAUAACGGAAAGAGGGAUGCCAGUGUCCAAUCAUUUGGUCUGCAGGAAAUUGCAUCCGGAAGCUCAGUUAAUGACUUUGCUUCUGAUCUUAUGCAAUUGGAUCACCCUCAUCUGGUAGAUACCAAGCUUAAGCGAAUAUUGGUUGAAGUAAAAGAUGGAGAUUUUGGAUGUUUUUAUUUAUCUGAAAAUCUUGAUGAACCAGAAGCCUCCAAGCAGAUUGCCAAAAAAACUGACUGGGAAGACUAUUUGUAUGAACUACCUCAGCCUCUACCAGAUGUCCAUCAACAAAUCACUUCAGGUGGUCAUGUAAAUUUAUACAAUAACCAAAACUUUUGCUUUCACCUUGGUCCAACUGUUAAUGAAGCUGAAGACCAGUGCAUAAAUCCUGAAGGCUUUGCCAGUUUCAUUGGUCUUCUUGAAUCAAUUCCUUUGCAUGAUACUGGCUCCAGUAAUGGGUCUUCUGAUUAUUCAAUGCCUGAUUUAAGGUAUGUGUUGAAGAAGAGUUUUGGACGUGGAUCAUAUGGUGAAGUAUGGUUGGCUUUUCAUUGGAAUUGUAAUCAGGAUAGUAAUUCUUCAAAAAUGAGCAAGGAUGACAAAAAUACAACCAGUAGCUCAACUGCUUCUGAUUGUCAGGAUGGUCCUUCUAACUACACCCUGUACAUUUUGAAACGUAUAAUGGUAGAGAAGGGGUCUGCUGUUUACUUAAGUGGGCUGAGGGAGAAAUACUUUGGAGAAAUUUUCUUAAAUGCCUCUACAUUCUUUGAAGAUCCACUAUCAGCUGGAAAAUCAAACCGUGUCUUGGAAACAUCACAAUUUGGUCCUGAGAAUUCAUUUCCAAACAAAUUUCGGCUACAAAGAACCACAUAUGAAGAUGGUUUGAACCAUAUUGCGAGAUAUGUGGAGUCUUUUGAGUCUCAAGCCAAUGAAAUAUGGCUUGUAUUUAGUUAUGAAGGUGUAUCAUUGUCAAAACUUCUAUAUGCUGUGGAAGAUUCAUAUGGUACUGCCGAGAAAGAAAGACUUGAGCAAGGUAAACAUGUUCAGAUACUACGUCCAUCAAAGUGGUGGCAUUGGUUGAAAACAACAGAAGAAGGGCAAGCGGAAAUGCGCAACCUUAUCUGGCAGCUGUUAUUAGCUCUCAAGUCCUGUCAUGAUCGCAACAUCACACAUAGAGAUAUUAAACCUGAGAAUAUGGUGAUAUGCUUUGAAGAUCAGGAGACAGGGAGAUGCUUGAAAGAGAUUCCCACUAAAGUUAAUAAUUUUUCCACCAAAAUGCGUAUUAUUGACUUUGGAAGUGGAAUUGAUGAAUUCACAUUAAAGCAUUUAUAUGGUUCCACUGGGCCUUCUAGAGCUGAACAAACCUAUGAGUAUACGCCUCCUGAAGCUUUGCUAAAUGCUACAUGGUAUCAAGGGCCAACAAGCUCCACAAUGAAAUAUGACAUGUGGAGCGUUGGUGUUGUGAUGCUAGAGUUGGUCUUAGGGACACCAAAUGUUUUCCAGAUAAAUGCUUUAACACGUGCUCUUUUAGACAAACAACUAGAAGGAUGGAAUGAGGGCGUGAAAGAGCUGGCAUACAAACUUAGAGCAUUCAUGGAAUUGUGCAUUUUGAUCCCUGGGAUCUCCCGGUCCAGCAGUUCAUCAAAAGUCAACCAAGUUGGGGGUUCACCUGCAUCUUGGAAAUGCUCUGAAGAAUUCUUUUCUCGUCAAAUUAAGAAUCGAGAUCCCCUAAAAAUAGGACUUGCAGUUUUUCAAACAUCUGGGCUUUACGAUUAGUGCGCCAUCUGUUACAUUGGGAUCCAGAGGAUCGGCCAAGUAUUGAUGAGGCUCUGCAACAUCCUUAUUUCCAGCAUCCCCCGAGAGAAUGAUUUUAUACAACAUAAUGACAGUGUCUUCCCCAUCGAUUUAUUCAUUCGCAGGACAUUGAAAAACGCUGAAAAUCUAGCGGGUAGCAUCAACAUCGUCUGUAAUUUGCUUGGAAGCUGGACUAAAGAUGAAUUUCAUUAAAGAUGAAUUUUAAUGAAAUUAUUACACAGAUAGAUCGAUACUGCCUCUGCUUCGAACAGUGUUUACGGCACAUUCGGCCAAAAGUAACGAGGAUGAGCCCAGAUGGGGAUGCCAUAUCACGCACAGAUGCCUUCAGUUGUCAAGCUUUUGAAAUUUUUUUGGGAAUGAAGGACCAAAAUAUAAAGCAUUUGUGCAGAGAGAAUACGGCUUGGUGAAAAAUCUAACAUCAAUUCACGUCAUACGCAUUUGGUUUUAAGUAUCCAAUACAGUACAAUACUUGUAUUUUUAUUAUUAUUAAGGUACAGAUAUGACAAUAUAUAUUAAAUAAAAAUUUCCUUGUAUAUCCAUGCACCAAAAAAAAAUAGAUUAUUAAGAGUUGUGACCACCUUACCAAGUAUACCGGUCUUGUAAUCUUAAGUUCACACUGCAACACCUCCACUCUGCCAUUUUCCCCCACGCUUAUCAUCAAUGGUUGCCAUGGUAAUAGUUUAUUUGCUUAAUUGGUAAGAAUGACAAUAUGCUAUUUCAAGUUAUAAUUCUGAGGAAUGAGAUUGUAAAUGCU